CACACUUGAUAUAGUUUAGUUGGAGAAAAUGUAUCCAGUUUAUUAUAUAUUGCUGUUUCUCUGCGUACACCAUGCUCACAGCGCUGACCAAGCGAAGCGAUCUGUAGGCUCGAUACCGAUUCGCCACACUUAUUCAGAGUACCACAACAAAGUCGCCAUCCCAGUUCCCCAACCUAUCCCUAUUGGCGUGCCACGGGCUGUUCCUUACCCUGUUCAUGUUGGAGUGCCUGUGGACCAACCCCGUCCUGUCCCAGUACCUGUACCACAUCCUGUAGCCCACGUUAUAUCCCGACCUGUGGCUGUGCCCAUAGACCGUCCCUUCCCAUACCCGUACGCACAACCAGUGCCGGUAACUGUGACCCAAGGAGUAGGGAUUCCUGUUCCUCAACCAUAUGCGGUUGGAGUACCCGCUCCUGUACCGGUGGGAGUUCCCCAACCAGUUGCCGUACCUGUAUCUGUGGUUGGUGGUGGGUUGGGUGGAAUUGGAGGGAUUGGAGGGAUCGGAAUCGGAGGAAUUGGUGCAGGUGGAAUAAGCAGUAUUGGAAUUGGCGGGAUCAGCAGUAUUGGUGCUGUUGCCGGUCAUUCGUCAGUAAUUUCUCAGCCUGUGAUUGGUCACGGGUACGGUGGUUCUAUUGCAGCGUCGCAUGCGCACAGUCACCAUUACUGAUAUUUCAGAAGUCAUCCAUGUUGGUUAUUUAUUGUAGUUAACCAAAUGUAAAUAGGUAUAAUUUUAUAUGUACAUUGAUGUCAAAUAUCGAACAAUAAUUGUAUCGCAAAUGUAUUUUAAGUAUAUUUUGCAUUUUGUUUAUGUAUGAGAUCCUCAGAUGGUUUUUGCCCUUAGUCUGAAAUUCACUUGUACUAUUUGCCUCUUAAAAUGCACAGUAAAACGUUCUGAUAGUUUUUCAUAACUCCACCACAGAUCGCGGUCAUUUCUCACUCACCUAAUAUCUAGUUUGUACUGUACAUAUUUAUCUUUUAUAUCUUUG